CAUUUUGGCCCAAGCCGCCACUGCUAAAGCGUUGGCUUCCCAGGAGCUGGCAAACAACAGUCAUGACACAUUAUUUCGACAAUGGGAAGGUGACAACGAAGGCCGUUUUCGACAGCUGGGGCGGUGCAAGCGCCGGCGUUGACUGGGCUGUUGUCCUUGGCUCAACGCUGAAGACACCGGAGGGCGACAAACCAACCGGCAGUGUAUUGGCUAAUAAGAGGCACGUGGCUUUGGUGUUCUCUGGCUCGUGGUGCCCUUGGUGCAGAGCCUUCGAGCCGAUGCUGGAGGACAUGUACAAGAAGGUGAAGGCGAACGAUCCGAACGACACCGAGAUCGUGUACGUCUCAGUGGACGCAGACUCAGUGGCAUUCGAUGAGGCUACUCGGGGCAAGCCGUGGCCGGCAAUGCCAUAUGAUAUUUCGCAAGGCAAUAGCACCGUUCCCGUCGGUUUUGUCCAGAGGAAGAUUCGCGAGGAAUCGGGUAAGCCCAUGGGUACACUCCAAGCGAAGUACUCCCUUAGCAGCUUGCCAUCUAUCGUUGUUCUCGACGGCAAGACUGGCAACAUUAUUUCCAAAGAUGUUCGGCAGGAGCUUGGCGACAAUCCCGAGGAUGGUUGUGCCUGGAAGCCAUCGGCACCGGCGUCGUGGCUAGAGGCCACGGAAAACGCCGGUGUGGACCGGGCUGUCGUCCCGGGUUCAGCGCUGAAAACAUUAGAGGGCGACAAACCAACCGGCAUUGUUUUGGCUAGUAAGAAGUUUUGGUGCAGAGCCUUCGGCCGAUGCUGGAGGUCUUCUGCACGGUGAAGGCGAGCGAUCCGAACGACACCGAGAUCUCGGCGGGCGCAGACUCGGCGGCAUUCGAUGCCGCUGCUCGGGGCAAGCCGUGGCCGGCAAUGUCGUAUGAUAUCUCGCAAGGCAAUCGCGCCGCUCCCGUCGGGCUUGUCCAGAGGAAGACUCGCGAGAAAUCGGACAAGACCAUUGGUACACUCAAAGAAUACGGCCUCGGCAGCGUGCCAUCCAUCGUCGCUUCCGACGGCAAGACUGGCAGCCUUGUGUGCAAAAAUGGCAGGCAAGAGCUUGGCAGCAAGCCAGAAGAUGAUUGUAGAGUCGUGGUUCUAGUUUGGGCCAUUAGAGGGAUAUGAUUUGUCACAUACAGGAAACAUGCUCGAGCACAGCGAGCAAUGAACUGAGCUUGUUCGACGUGUAGAACUGACGCCUGAGAUAGGCUUACAGACGCAGCUAUGUAGAAGUUUGCCGCCGCCACGGCAUCGCGAGCAGUAACAACAAUAAAUGAUUUUGAAAAAAUUGUCAACAUGUCCUUCCGCGCGCUCCGCUCCUUCCGCUCCGCGCCAUCGCAGACGACGAUGCGUCGCGCCUUUAGUAUGCUUCUGGAUGCGAAGACCAUUCGCCUGCGGCGGGCUUCUUCAGAGCCUCGCAGACUGACGACUUCCUUGCCGCCCCAUCACUCUUAUCCGCAACUGCGUGGUGCUACGGUAUUUGCCGUCGCUCCCUCGGAUUGGCUUGGGCUGCUGCUUUUAUCUAUCCGCCCUUCUGUUUUACCCCCACUCUGGUCGCCGUCGCACCUGUGCGUCCCUAUGCUCCAGGGAGAUCAAGUCUUGUGGGAUCCCAGAUCGGUCGUACGUGAUCCAGUCAGCAGCGAUUAAACAGCCUGGCACGUAUGUUGCAACAGUGGCAAAGAGCGCCCUGCUCGAUCCAAGACGGGUACGGACGGCAGGAGCAUGAGGCAUGAGGCGGGCGAGGGGAUCAGUUUUAGCCAUCAAUCGUCUCCCAUACCGUCUCUCCCC